ACACUCACACACACACACACACACACACACUCACACACACACCCAAACACACACAGAGCUGCACACUGUGGUCAUUGUGCUGUAAUGAAAACAGUCAAAACUGUCACAAAAAAUUUAAAAACUUUUGCAACCAGAAACCCUGAAUCAUCAUCUCCUUCCCAGCUUUUUCAUCAUCAUCAUCGUCAUCAUCAUGGUCAUUCUCUGCUGUUUGGUUUCUGUGGGAUGGGCUCAGGUUUAUGACUUUAUAGCCCUUCUGACUAAAGUCCUCUGGCCAGUUUACAUACGCUGCCUCCUCAGAUCCUCUGCUGGAGUUGAACCUGAGCUCAGAUCUGUCUCUGAGUGCGUCUGGGUUGGUUGUGGUCUGGAUUUUGAGCGCGAGGCUGCUGAGUGGACAGUGCGGCCUGCUGUAGUAAGCGUUUAGGUGUUCGGGUGUUCAGGUGAUCAGGUGUGCGUUAGUGUGCGGGUGAAGAUGUCAAUGGCAGUGGAGAUGUUGGCUUUUCUGAUGUGUGUCGGCGGCAGUGUGUUGGCCGGCGUCGCGCUGGCCAACGAUUACUGGCGUGUGUCGUCAUACUCGGGCAGUGUGAUCACGUCCAGCCGUCAGUACCAGAACCUGUGGCACGCCUGCGCCGAGGCCAGCACCGGCAUCAAGAACUGCAAAGAGUUCGAGUCCAUGCUGGCUCUGGAUGGUUAUGUGCAGGCGUGUCGAGCUCUGAUGAUCAUCGCUCUGCUGCUCGGACUCUUCUCCAUCCUGCUGUCUGCUCUGGGCCUCAAAUGCACCAAACUAGGCAGCAUGUCUGACCUGGCCAAAGGCCGACUUACACUGACCGCCGGAGUCCUGUUCAUACUGUCCGGUGUGUGUGUACUGACCGCUGUUUCCUGGUAUGCCGCCCGCAUUGUGCAAGAGUUUAAUGAUCCUUUUUACGUUGGAACAAAGUUUGAGCUGGGUACUGGGCUGUACCUGGGCUGGGCUGCGGCAGUGCUGGUGAUUUUGGGUGGAGCGAUGCUGUGUGGAUCCUUCAGAAGAGCCUCAUCACAAACAAACUCGGGGGCGUACAGCUAUAACUACUCUGGUCAAGGUCAGAAGAUCUAUAAAGCUGCCCCCACAGCCGACAGCGGCAGCUCCAAAGCUUACGUCUGAAAAAGCUGGAAGAAAAAUAAAUCAGCGUCUGAACUUCGGUCUCAGUUUAUAGAAACAGAAAUGCUGGUGACACUAAAGCCCUCAAAGUGCUGUUGUUUGUACAGACGUGUUUCUGAAUCGUGUGAAUGUGUGAGGACGUGUGGGGACGUGUGUGAACGUGUGAGGACUUGUGGGGACAUGUGAGGACGUGUGAGGACGUGUGGGGACGUGUGCGCUUGUUUGCUCCUGUAUCAAUGAGCUAAAUUAUCACGCUGGUCUGAAUCUGUGUUGGUUGUUACAUUCUGAGAUUCUCACUCUGCUGUUGUAACCGAAUCGUACCGUGUUUUAUUUUGUUGUUUUGGUGUAAAAUGUGUGUUAAUGUGAAUAAACAUUCGCCUCGACAUGACUGACCGUUUCUUUGUGAACCGUCUCCCUCUGCUGGGCGUCGGCUGUAACUGCUCUACAACACGUUUCACUAGUAUGAAUUAAAUUUUUACAAAUUUCAGUAAAUUUAAGUAAAAAUUAAAGUUUGAUAUGAAAUUCCAGUUACUUGAACGUAGGAUUGUUGUGUACGCUGUCAUUCAAAAGUUUAUAAUUACUUCAGUUUUUGUUAUGUACUUAUGAGUAUUUGGGAUGAAGAAGAAUUUAUUAAAUGAUCACUAAUAAACUGUU